GCUCAAGUGAUCUGAACCACGUCCCCCACGUGCCGCCUCCGCCUCGCUCUUCGCAUCGGGCGCCGAUGGGCGACGCACACGUUCCCGCGCUGAUGGAAGUCGGCCCGAUGUCCUGGAAGCUCCAGCUGCCGCGCUGGGGCAUUGAAGUCUUCUCGGGGGACCUCAUGGGCGUGAUGGAAAUGCAGCUUUUGGAUAUUGCACUUUGCAUUCCUGUACGCUUCAUCUUCGGCUAUGUCACCUUCCAAAUCUACAGACUGACCAAGCGAAGAGAGGGCAAGCUGCAAGACAAAUCGCUCCUCCCAUACUUGUACCUUGAGGAGCUGAGACCUUUGUUGGCCAUGGCCAUUGGAGCCGCCUGGGCAGCGCAUCCCUUCAUUUUGGCCAUGUGCUUAGGGCCUUUGAGGUCUUUGCUCGGGCAUUUCGUGCUCUCCUAUUCCGGGGUGAUCUCCACCUUCCGCUGGUUGGAGUUGGUGGCGGGGCUGGGGCCCAAGGGAUUUGAUGCCACAGCUUGGACCUUCGCCACCUAUAUGGGCAUUCCCGUGGAAGUCCAAUUUGAAGACGGAAAGUUGAAGCGUAUCAAUAAGAAGCGCUGGCGGAUCGUGUUAGACUUCGCUUGGCGGCUGGCAAUCCAUGCAGUCAUCAUGCUGGCAGCUCUUAGCUUUGGCAAAGCCACAGACUACAAGCCAUUCUUAGAUGAGCCUCCAGCUGCCCUGCCCAGAUUUGGACUUCCCUGGUCCAUUCCAGCCCUGUACCUGCACACAGUUUGGGUCUACUGUAUGCUUGCCUUGCCCAUGCUCAACCACCGCAUGAUUACCGCAGCCCUUUGGGGCCUGGACACGCAGGUCACCAUGCGAGCGCCGCUGUCCCAGUCCACCUCGAUCCGGGACUUCUGGGGCCGACGCUGGAACUUGAUUAUCCACGGCUUAAUGAAGCGCUGCUUCUUCAUGCCAUUCCAAAAUGCAGGACCCAUGAGGAAGAACUUGGCCGGGCUUUUGUCCUUUGCGAUGUCCGGGCUGUUUCACGAGUACAUGUGGCUCACCUUGCACGUGGCACGUCCGGAGAGCAGCCGCUACGUGGCGGGCAAGGUUUUGAGCUUCUUCUUGGUGCAAUACCUGUCCACCGCGUUUGAGGUCUUGCUGGGGAAGACUCGCCUGGGCCAGCUCGCGGCACCAGCAGUGCUGCGCACGGUGCUGACCACACUAUGCAUUCUGCCCUUUGGACCGCUUUUCCUGGAGGAGCCGUCAGUCCGAACAUCGACCGUGUGAAGUCCGCACGGUUUCUGUGCUUUCUGUGAUCACCAUGUGAAAUCCACAUGAUCGAGCAUUCUUGGAGUUUCCAAGUUCCUGCGAGGGCAUCUACGAGAUGACACAUGAGAGUGUGAACUUGCUGCCAGCUAUUGGGUUUCUCUGAGGGUCAGCAUUGGACAACUUGGCUCAUGGCCAGCUUUUAGCUCCUUUCCAGGGGCUAGCCGGCCUCUAGAUUUUUCGCUUGAGCGUCUUGCCUCUCCAAUAGUAGCUCAAACGCCCUCAGUUCAAC